GCAGAGCGCACCGACUCCGCGCUUCAGUCCACGGGUCAUUCAUCUGAUAGAGCGGAGCGUUGACGGAGCCACAGCGCGUUUCUCUUACAGGUGAACAUCAGUAAAUGCCUUCUCCACGACUCGCUUUGACGCCUUAAACAGUGUUGGAUCUAGCUAACACCAUAAUUCCCAUUUAACCUUUGGAGACCUGCGGCGUCAUCUGGAUAUACGGCACCAUAUAGUAAGCGAUGGGAAUGUGGAUAAUAAAGUUCGUGUUGAUUUCUACCUGCUGGUUUGGAGUGCGCGCUGACUUCAAUGGCAGGUGGCCAAGACAGAUGACCUCAUCCAAUGGGCUGUGCCGAUAUGGUGGCCGCAUCGACUGCUGCUGGGGUUGGACGCGUGUCUCCUGGGGCCAGUGCCAGCCUCUCUACGUCUUAACCCACAGAGUAAUCGGGAUUAGGUGCCAACCCCAAGCUGUGUGCCAGCACGGAUGCAAACAUGGAGAAUGUGUGGGACCCAACAAAUGCAAGUGCCAUCCGGGUUACACAGGGAAAACAUGCAACCAAGAAGAGCAGUCCUAUAUUAUCCCCCCAUUGUGGCACAGUCACCCUCCUGUUUAUGUUUCCAUGGACCACCAGCCGAUGGGGGUGCCGUCAGAGGACCUGAACGAGUGUGGCCUCAAGCCUCGACCCUGCAAACACAGGUGCAUGAACACUUACGGCAGCUACAAAUGCUACUGCCUCAACGGAUACAUGCUGUUACCUGACGGCAGCUGUGGAAAUGCCCGGACAUGCAGCAUGGCGAAUUGCCAGUAUGGCUGUGAAGUAAUGAAAGGAGAGGUUCGCUGCCAAUGCCCGUCCCCAGGUCUACAGCUGGCACCAGAUGGCAGGACCUGUGUGGAUGUGGAUGAGUGUGUCACAGGUCACGCAAUUUGUCCCCGCUUCCGUAAAUGCAUCAACACGUUUGGAAGUUACAUCUGCAAGUGCCAUGAUGGCUUUGAUCUGCAGUACAUCAAUGGGAAAUAUCAGUGUGCAGAUGUGAAUGAGUGUUCUUCAGGUCAACACCUGUGCGGUGCCUACGCUACCUGCUAUAACACACAUGGUUCAUACAAGUGCAAGUGCAAGGAUGACAAUAGAGGCGUGGGCUACAACUGCAAACCCAUCCCAAAAGUGAUAAUUGACCCUCCACGACCAGGAAAGACCACACCGAGCAACAAUAACAACAAAGGGGGGAACAAAAUUCCAGGCUUGGACCAAAAGAGGACAACCACAACAAGACCACCAGUGACCGCUAAACGGAUCUCACCUACAACAACAACCAUCACCAAAGCUCCUCCAACGAAAAAAGCAACCCCUGCAGCAAAAGUCCCAACGACCACCACACAUAGACCUCUCAUUCUGACUCGUAGACCCACGGUGGUGGUGACACCCAAACCAAACGUCCCAUCUCGCCGGCAGCCCACCGCAACCACCACCAAAUAUGCUGUCACUACAGUCGUUCCUUUCAUCCCGACACGAGUACCAGUCAUCCCGUUUGACAAUAACAUAAAAGACAACAACCAGAAACAAAGAGGCGAUGUUCACAUACCACGAAAUCAUGGGCAGAACAAUGUGCUUGAUAUUGAUUUAGACAUUGAACUGGGCAACACAGAAGAGGAGCUAAAGGAUGAUCCAGAUAGUGGCUAUCUAAGCUGCUCUUUUGAUCAUGGUCUGUGUGGCUGGAUCCAGCACAGAGAGGGAGACCUUCACUGGGAGACAGCUGCAGAUCCUUCUGGUGGGCAGUACCUGACUGUCUCUGAGGGCGGAGAGAAGCUGGGUGGUCGUGGUGCUCAGUUGAUCCUCCCUCUGACUCCGCCCUGGAAUGAUGGUAACCUCUGCCUGGCAUUCCGACACAAGAUGGCAGGACAUCAUGUGGGCAUGCUACAGGUGUUUGUACAGAAGGCAAGGCAGCACAGCCCCACAGUCUGGGGUAGAACAGGAGGAAAUGGCUGGAGGUCAACGCAGAUCACAAUUUGGGGCAAUGGACUAGAGAGUAUUAUUGUGAAGGGCGAACGGCGGAGAGGUCGUAAGGGUGAAAUAACUCUAGAUGACAUAAGUCUCAGGAAAGGUUCUUGUCAGGAAGAGCACAAACUGAGGAGACUUUAACACCAACCACUUCAUGGACAGAGACUUUUAAUUCAAGUUUUACUUUUAUUCACAGACUCCAGGAGGAGGGACACCCCAAAAAAAGGAUUUGGGCUUUCUAAGAGUCCCAGUACGGUUUUGGGUGCACUUCCACUGGCCUCUGUCAAAUGCUACAAGUGCAUGUCCAAAACAGCCUAUCAAAAUUAUUCCUAAUGUCUAGGGUAAAUAGGAUAUAUGGGUUUCUAUUUACUUUUGUAAAUUCAAAUUUUUGUAAAUGUCAGAUUUGUCUCCUGUUUUAAAUAUUUUUCAAAAUGUCAAACCAACGGUGUCAUACCAUUGUUAGUGUAUGCUCAGUUAAAUAAUUACGAAUGAUGCCCUAUUACAAUCCUUUUUUUUAGUGCCCUCAACCGCACCAUUUGGUCCAUUUGCUUUCCUAGCAGCUAUCUGAGUGACGAAAUAUUUUUGGUGUAUUAUAGUAAAUGUAUUCAUACAUGUGUAUAUAUAAAUAUAUUUCAAAUAUGCUUUGUGUAGGUGCAUAAAUGUGUGAAUUCUUCAUCGUUAAAGUGCUGCAGGACAAUGUUUACAUACACAACCUGAUUUUGAGUGUUUUAUGGACGUAUAUUGUUAAGUAAAAACCAGUAAACUGUUUUGAAUUUAAUUUCUUAAUGGCUGUAUCAGUCAUUCUGUAUUAUCAUCGCAACCAUGAUUACCAUUUAAUAAUGUAUGUUGAAUAUGAAAGAUCUUGGUUUAAUAUGAUGAUGCAAAGACUCAAAGAUAUUAAAAGAUGUGAACAUAAAAUUCCAUGUUUACUGUGUGUACACAGUAUAUAAUAAUUAUUUUUAAUUAACCAUAUUGGGUAUCCAUUGAGGAGGCAAUCAGAGUCAGAGGAGUACUUAUCACACCAAAUAUAAUAAACUAUAUGU